CACACCACCAACAGCCUUUCGACCGGCACCGCUGCCACGUCGCUCGACGACCGUUCGCGGCGCAUACGAGUAUCGAGGAGCGUCUACGCGCUCUUUUCCGCUGAAACACAAUUGCAACAAUACAUAUCCGGACGAAGGCAGUCGCCUGCCCUACGCACCGGUCCCAUGCCUGCAGCAGAUAUCUCCCCACGAUAGCGCCCACUACCACAAAACAACACCUCCCGAACGAUCGCCGCGACUCGUAAAACGCCUCGGUGAUCACCACAGAUUAAACUAUUGCCACUACCGGCAAGAGCAUUGAGUGUAUCGUCAGACAGGGCUAUGGUCGACUUUGUGCCGUCUGGUGGACCGCCGACCGGCGCAACAAUAACGACAUUCAGAGUUGCCACAGAAGGCGGAAUGUCUGAGGGAGGGCAUGCGCGAUCGCGCAUGGGAGGCGCUGCCGUUUCUGCGAAUGGCGCACCGCCGACCGUGAACACAAUUCCCUUGAGCGCGCGCAAGUCGGCGCCGCUGGACCUGACGACCGUCGAACGCAGGGGGCACAAUGCGCCAAACAACUUACCGCCCAAGUCUCAGCGCAUGUUCGGCCUGCAGGAAGCGCCCACAUACAGGCCUACUGCCGAGCAGUUCAAGGACCCCUUGGCUUAUAUGCAGAGCAUACACGAAGAGGCGCAACAGUACGGCAUCGUGAAGAUUGUCCCUCCAGACACAUGGACUCCUUCGUUCGCUGUUGACACCGAGCGCUUCCACUUCCGGACGCGACGGCAAGAGCUUAAUUCUGUCGAAGGUGGUACACGUGCCAACUUGAACUACCUCGACCAGCUGGCUAAAUUCCACAAGCAACAUGGCCACAGUCUUACGCGCUUUCCAAGUGUCGAUAAGCGCCCACUUGAUCUGUACAAAUUGAAAAAAGCCGUUGAGACUAGAGGUGGCUUCGAGCGUGUCUGUAAGCAGAAGAAGUGGGCUGAAAUCGGGCGCGAUCUCGGUUACAGUGGCAAGAUCAUGUCAUCGCUUUCCACGUCGCUGAAGAACUCCUACCAAAAAUGGCUGCAUCCAUAUGAAGAAUACCUGCGGGUCGUAAAGCCUGGUGUGCAGCAAAUGCUCGAGGUAGAACAUGGCGGCCCCUUUACGCCAUCGCCAGCGCACUCGCCGUUGAAGAAGUCGGCACACGAGACACCCACGGUUGAGUCACCUACAAUGCGCGCAUCUGCAGCUUUAAAUGCGUCGCUGCAUAAUGAUGCCAUACCCACGCCUCCUGAGCUACCACGGCCAGCAGCCUCAUCAGGCUUCACAUCUGUUAAUUCGGGAGGGUUCACACCAGUCAACGGAAGUUCAGCUCCCGCCCCUGCUGCGACACCUGCAAGCAAUUCGUUCUCCGCAGUGAACACGCCGAACGGCCUGCACAGAGAUUUUGUCGAUUCCCGCACAUCAACACCUAUGCGCAAUAGCGAUAGCCCUAUGCUUUCAGCCCACAACACCCCAGAUUUGAGGCCAACAGCACAUGGUCUGACGCCGCUGUCCAACGGACAUGCUUUCAACCAAUUGAAGCGCACAUUGUCUCAGGAUGGCGAGAGCAGCAUGAACGAGGAAACCGAUGAUGCAAGUGGCCGUCGCAGUAAGCGGCUAAGAAAAGACGCGCCUACCGUAGCCGGUUCGCACAUGACACAGCCUCGCCAGUCAACACCAGGCAGCAUCAAUCCACGCGUGCGUUCAGCUGACGACCGUCCAGGUGAUCGCUGCGAAAGCUGUGGAUUAGACAGCGACCCGACCAAUAUCCUGCUGUGCGACAGCUGCGACAAUGGAUACCAUGGCUAUUGUCUCGAUCCGCCAAUUCGUGCGAUUCCUACGCACGAUUGGCACUGCGCACGAUGUCUCGUGGGUACGGGCGAGUUCGGCUUCGAGGAAGGCGGAGUAUACUCGCUGAAGCAGUUCCAAGAGAAGGCGCAAAACUUCAAGCAAGCUCACUUCGCCGGCAAGACGGUUUUUGAUCCCGUCACCAAUGCUCACAAGCAGCCAACAGAGGACGAGAUCGAGAAGGAGUUCUGGCGCCUCGUCGAAAAUCUUACCGAGACAGUAGAGGUGGAGUAUGGAGCUGAUGUUCAUACGACUACACACGGCAGUGGUUUUCCAACCAUUGAACGCAAUCCACGCGACGCAUACUCGACGGAUCCAUGGAACCUGAACAUAUUGCCUUAUGCGCCAGACUCGCUCUUCAGACACAUCAAGUCGGACAUCUCAGGGAUGACGGUCCCUUGGCUUUAUGUUGGCAUGGUGUUCUCGACCUUCUGCUGGCACGCUGAGGAUCACUACACGUACUCUGCAAACUACCAACACUUCGGCGCUACAAAAACUUGGUAUGGUAUUCCCGCAGAGGACGUAGGCAAGUUUGAGCAGGCUAUGCGUGAGGCUGUUCCAGAGCUGUUUGAGACGCAGCCAGAUCUCUUGUUCCAGCUGGUAACCCUUCUGACGCCUGAGCAACUCAAAAAGGCUGGUGUUAGAGUUUAUGCAAUUGACCAACGAGCCGGCGAAUUCGUCAUCACCUUCCCGCAAGCUUACCACGCUGGUUUCAACCACGGCUUCAAUUUCAAUGAGGCUGUCAACUUUGCGCCAAGCGAUUGGGAGCCGUUCGGCGAACACGGCGUUCUCCGUCUACAGGAGUACAGGCGGCAGCCAUGUUUCUCCCACGAUGAAUUACUCCUGGCAGCAGCAGGACGCAAAGACACCACGAUCAAGACAGCCAAGUGGUUAAGCCCAGCCCUCGACCGAAUGCGCAUACGCGAAGAACGGCUGCGCACGAGAUUCCUUGAAGCGCACAAGGCAUCUCGCCCACAUUCAUGCAAGCUAGAUGGCAGCGAAGGCCCCGGCGACCACAAGUCGGUUCAGUGUCAGCUUGAGGUUAGCAUAGAUGAAACUGAUUUGCAUGAGGAGGAGUUGAUAUGUGCCUUCUGCAAAGCAUAUUGCUAUUUGUCCAGGUUCUACUGCCGCAGCACCAAGAGGGUCCUGUGUCUACAGCACGCUGGCUCGUUCGAUUGCUGUGCCGGCAGUUCCGCAGACACGCGCUACCAAGGUGAAGGAGGCGAACAUGUGCUUGUUCAUCGCAUGACCGACGACGCUAUUACAUCUCUUGUUCAAAAGGUUGCGGAUAAGGCAGGUCUACCAGAUGCAUGGGAGGCCAAGCUGGAGGCUCUCAUGGCGGAAGGACCUCAACCGCAACUGAGAGUAUUGCGUACUCUCCUGCACGAGGGCGAAAAGAUCGAUUGGGAACUUCCUGGACUUCCCGACCUCAAAGAGUUUGUUGAGAAGUGUACCGAGGUCGCAGAAGAAGCUAUCGCAUACAUCACCCGCAAACAGCAAGCUCGACAGAAAAACGUACGAACCGGUAGAGGUAGAGGCGCCAACAAAGGAGCAGCAGCAGAGGCCGAGGACAAGGACCGUGAGUAUCGCAGCAUGGAGAACAUCCAAAAGCUUCUCACCAAAGCCAAGGGUCUUGGCUUCGAUUGUCCAGAGAUCACUGCUUUGCGCGAACGUGCACAGAGCAUUGCUGAAUUCCAGGACAAAGCCCGCAUCGCCUUGCGAGAUCACCCUAAUCAGCAAAGCAUUACACGUCUCGACGAGCUACUCGAGGAAGGCAAAUCGUUCAACGUGGACGUGCCAGAGUUGGAGUCGCUGGAGAAGGUUGUCCAGCAAUUGAAGUGGUUGCGUGAAUGCGACGAGUUCAAAUACAAGCCUGCCACGACACUGCAGGAAGUUGGUGAGCUCAUCACUCGUGGUGUUGAGCUAGGCGUUCCCGAGGGUCAUCCCGAGAUCCAGUUCCUGCAAGGCAAAAAGGAGCAGGGCGAAUUCUGGGAAACUAAGGCCAAAGAACUGAUGGCAGUGGAGAACGUUCAUUACCAGCAGCUGGACGCAUUGUCCAAGCAAGCUACCAGCCUGCCAGUGACGCCAGAGACUCGAGCCGCCGUGGAUGCCAUCCUCAAAAAGCAGCGCGACGCCCAAGACCUCAUUAUGUCGUUGUUUGAGCGGAGCAAGAACCCUGACUUCCGUCAACGACCGACUUACAAGGAAGUACGCGAGGCUAUGGAGGCACUAAGCGCCCUCAACAGCAAACCUCAGGGCACCAUUGAUCUUGAGAAAGAGCAAAAGCGGCACGAAGACUGGAUGCGUCGGGGAAAGAAACUGUUCGGCAAAGCUAACGCGCCUCUCCACAUCCUUCAACAACACAUGAAGUCGGUAGACGACCGCAACCGGUUCUGCUUUGAUUUGUCUGACCAGCCGCGCAUGCCAGUGGAGCCUGCUUCACGCGAGGCUAGUCCUGUGGAUGGGGAGGAGGUCGAUGGUUCGGGUUCUAGUCGUGAUGUGUUCUGCAUCUGCCGAAGGCCUGAAGCUGGCAUGAUGAUAGAGUGUGAGCUCUGUCACGAGUGGUACCACGGCAAGUGUCUAAAGAUUGCACGCGGCAAGGUCAAGGAAGACGACAAAUACACCUGCCCCAUUUGCGAUCACCGCGUCAAGAUCCCACGCGAUGCUACCCGUCCCAAGCUCGAAGACCUGCACACGUGGCAGGACGAGCUACCGAAUCUGCCGUUUCAACCAGAGGAAGAGGAGAUACUGGAAUCUAUCAUCGACCACGGCAUCAAGUUCCGCGAAUACGUUUCGCAAUACAUCAAUCCGCUAAUGUCUAGCCCUGACGAGCUCACUACUCAGCGUUUCUAUCUACGCAAGCUGGAGGGUGCCGAUAUUCUUCUGACAGAAGAGAUCAACUUCUUCCGCCAGGAAUUGCACAAGUGGGCGCCUGUCGCGCCUAACCCUCCUCCCAUUUUACAGGUUUCCUUGUCAACUCGCAAGCCUCGUCCUACAAAACAACAGAAGCUCAUGAACCAGCUCGGCAUCUCCAACCCAGACGAUCUACCUCCACACCUGCGCCCAAAGAAUCAACAAAUCAAGCGCAAGGACGGAGAUAUGACCAGGCCGCAAGGUCUCGGAUCAAAUUCUGAAUCAUCACACACGCCACCGGGCGACCCUCGCCGUGAGUCUGGGGAGAAUGAGUUUUUCACAUCAAACACGACAUCGGCCUACAACAACUCGCCUACCUUUGGCGCCAACGCCCCACUCAACUUUGUUAGCAGCUCCUCGGUGGCGCCGCUGGACCCAGGCCUCUUCGAAAGCUCCGCACAGGUGCCGACAAGUCCCAUGCAUGAGCUCUUCAAGAGCUCGGGUAACGGACAAGAGAUGUUUGGCGAGGCGAUGGAGAUGGGCGGUGGCCAGGCGGAGGAAGCCUUGGCUGUCACCGAGGGCAACAGCUACCUGGACUAGGUGUCCGCAUUCUUCAGCAUGCCUGGGUCUUCCCCAUCACCAGGGAUCACGAAAUCGGCUUGAAAGACUCUACUCGGUUUUAGACGGCGGGUGUAUAUCAUAGCUUUUCCUUUCCAGAGAUAUCACUUAAUUUCUUGCACAUGUAUUCGUUCGGGAUAGUUUAGGGACAGUUUUACGGAGUACGGGUCGGAUGUUGUAUCGCCAGACGUGUUGAAGCACAUGGACGCGAACGGGCUGUUUGUCGCAUUCGACAGGUGUUAGGGAAUGGGCGGCCAGUGCCGAGAUACCCAUUGAAAAGGCGCAUUAUGUAGUCUCUUGUAAUUCAGUACCGAGAAAUAGAUGAGCAUCUCUAAAGCCGG